AUGGCUGAUGUCGAACCAGAUUAUGCCUUUUGGCAAGAGGAGCAGGAGAGAAGAUUGAAAACAGAAGAUAUUCUAGCACGCAAGGAGCAAGAAAUGCCAAUUGCCAGUGGCCUACCCCAAGGAAGUCUAGUUUCAUUGGAUAGGAAAAGAGAUGAAUGGGCAGCGGUAUUGAAAGUUAUUGUGGAUGCCAUAAACGAACAUGGUCGAGUAGUUGAUGAUCGCGGUAUAGAAUUCAUAAGCAAUCAAUGUAUCAGGAUGAGGGAGAUGAUUGAGGCAGGACAUCAACAAGCUAUGUCAUACCGAGCUAAAGGUCGUGUGUGGCGGGGCUUACGCAAUCGUUCCGAGCAAUAUAUCUUGGAGUUCCGAAGAGCGACACAGUAUUUCUUCACUACUCAAAAAGACCAUCCGAAUCAGAAUAUUGAUCCGGCAAUAUUCCGAACAGUGGUUGCGGAUUGGCAUGCGGCUAUCACUACGACUUUGAGGGUUCUUCGUGAAGCUUUGGGAGAGGAAGAGAGUCAGAGGGAAGCUGAGGAUGUGGAAUAUGAUUCAGAAACUCAAGAGCCUGUUAUCAAUCUGAGGCGUAAUCAUAGUACACCUCAGCAAUUCAGCAAACUUGUUCAGGAGGUUGUUGAAAUGGUGGAGCUCGCAAAAAACGCAUCAGGCAAUAAUAAUGCGAACUUGAGUUACGAUCGAAGAGUACAGCAAGAGUAUAUUAAAACACAGGAGGCUCUAAAAGAAGUUUCUCAAAGAAUGGAAAGGUUGGAACGAGAAAGGAGAGAUUUCUUCAUGGCUCGUGGUACUCGACCACCCGAUAGAGACUGUUCAGGAGAAUUAGCAGAAAUAGAACGAUUGGAUAAAGAGUUGACAGAAUGUCGGGCGAAAUUGGAGGAACUUACAAAACAGUGCCGUCAACAAACCGAAUAUAUCGAUGCAGUGGCAAGAGGUUUGAAACCGAGUUCGAAUGACCCAAGUCCUGGAGUUUUGCUGUCUGAUCAAGCUUUCGAUGAACUCUGCAGACAUUUUGAUAGCUAUCAUGAAAAUGCAGAAGGAUCAGAAGCUAGAAACAAAGAGCUAGAGAAUAGCUUGAGAAAUGUCAUACUUCAUCCAGACGACAAGAAUAAGCAGGAAUUGGACAAGAGGCUCAGAGCUGAAAUAAAUGCUGCAAACGCCUCUAUAUCCACAAAGAAUAAGGUUGUUGGGGAUCUACAGAGAGAGAUAAAGAAGCUAGUAUUGGAACGACAAGCAGUUGGGGAGCAAUCUGAAAAAUACGAAGCAGACUUGAGAGCAAUGAAUGUCGAGAUGGAUAGACUCAACGCAGCUUUGAAGGAAGCCGAGCUGAAAGCCACCAAGAUAGUAAGGAUCGAAGCCAGCGGAGGUGCUGUUUUUUCAAAUGAAGAAAAGUUGAAUUUAGAACAGCAGCUGAAAGAUCUUAUGGAUCAAAACAUGCUUCACGAAAAGAAUAUGCACCUUUGUGAAGAGACUAUCAAAGAUCUCCAAGAAGACAUUGCUACAAGAGACGCGAAAAUCGAAUCCCUGACCGUCAUGAUUAAUUUUGAUGACGAUAUAAGCAAAAAUCGACAGGAAAAACAAGAUCUCAGAGAGAAGAUUAUCGCACUCGAGCAUUAUAUCGAUAAUGAGCUAGCUAGACAGUCCAUAAACAACUACGUCGAUCCCGAUGACCCCGAUGAUCCAGAUGAUCCGAAAGAUGGAAAAAGUAAAGCUGAGAUUGCAGCUCAGAAACAAGAGAUCGCUCGUCUUAAGAAGCAAUUGGAAUCAGAGUCUAAGAACGCCAAAGCACAGAUUGACAAACUUGUGAAUCAAUUGGAAAAAGAUUCCAAGACAGCGAAUCCCGAGGUUGCAAAGUUCAAGGCACAAUUAGCUGGAGCGAUAAGAGAAAGGCAUCUAACCUUACAGAAGACCGAAGCUGAACGAGCUGCGGCAAAGGAAGCGGCUGAUAAGGCUUUGGCAAGAUCUGAAGCUCGACGAAUUGUGGCCGAAAAAGAAAUUCAUGAUGCCUUAGCAUUUGCUACGGAACUACGAACAGAGGCUCUGGCUAAAUCUGAGGCUAAGUUGGCUAAGAUAAAGGAGGAACAUGAACAUUGGGUAGCAAUGGCUGAAGCUCAACGGACUGAGGCAAAGGAAGAAAGUGAUGAGAUCAUUGCAGAUUUACGAACGACAAUUGCCGAUCUGCGAACACAAAUCACAAAUUUAAACAGUGUAAACAUUGGACUCAGAGCAACUAUGCAAGAACGAAUCGAUGCUCUAACAAAGGAGGUCGCAGAAAUGCAAGGAAGACCUCCAGAGGAGCCUGCUGCUGAUGGGGCCCUCGCUAAGGCCCUCGAUGACCUUGAGAACAGGGACUUACGAAUCGCUCUUUUGGACGAGCAAAUCUCUGAAGCUAGCAAGAGGCACGAACAACAAAUCAAAGAUAUUCAAGCAAGACUUGAUGAAGCUAGGUUAAAUGCUAAUGGAAUCUCACCACAAGGUCUAAGAGCUUUGAGAAAGACUUUGGCCGAUUGUAGAAAGAAUCAUGAUGAUGAUCAAAUAACCAUUACAAAUCUAGAAGCGGAACUCGAUGCUUGUCAACGAAGAGGACAACAUCAUCUUCGACAACUACAAGAGUAUGCAGGUCUUCAUCAACACAAUGAUGGAGAAGCUGCUGCUAAAGAAAGAAUAGCUCAGCUUGAACUUGAGAAUGCUGCAAUCGAAGAAGAGUUGCAAGCUGCAAAGGUCGAAAGAGACCGAAAAGCAGAAGAGGAUCGAAAGAAAGCUGCAGCAGCACAUCAAAAGGAAUUGGAUGAUGCUGCGGCUGAUGUGAAUGUAGAUGUGGAAAGUGUUACAUCACAUGAUUCUAAUGAAGAAAUCAACAAGCAACAUAUCGAAAGGCUCAGAAGACAAGCUGAAGAUCUCAAGAAGCUCAGGGAUCAGAAUCUUAAUAUGGAAAUACAACUUAAUGUUUCAAAGAAGACUUUAGCAGCUCUCCAAAAUCAACGUACAGAUCUUCAAAAUAAAUUGAGAGAGUGUCGAAAACACAGACAGGAGCUUAUUGAACACCAGGUUGAAAUAGAACCAGGUGCUCCAGAAUUUAUGCCCGAUGAUUCUCAGAGAGUUGCUGAGCUCGAGGCUCGAAUUGCCGAGUUAGAAACUUUACUAGCAGCGUGUGAGGAAACUGGUGCAACUCUUCAACUACAAAGAGAUGCAGCAAUUACAGAAAAUGAAGGAAACAAACAAAGGAUGGCUGAUCUUCAAACUGCUCACGAUAUAAUGGCUGGCGAGGGACCUAAGCUUGGAUUGAAACGUAUCAAGACAAGAAUUGCUCUUCAAGCACAUGCAACUAGACUCAGAAAUAUUGCAGCAAGAGAAGCACAGGCAGCCGCAGACGCUGCUGCGAAAGAACAGGCUGCGCAAGCUAAAAGGGACGCGGAUCAAGCUAAGAAGGACGCCGCUGAGAAAGCCAGACAAGACGCGUUAAAUAACCCGGAUGAUCAUCAUCAUCACAAUAACAAUCAACCACCACCGCCGCCACCUCCCGGUGGUGGCGGAGCAAUUGCAAUUCCAGGAGGUGGAAAUAAUGAAAAAAUUGAAACGGAAGAGGAGGCAAAGGAGAGAAGAAAAAAGGAAAGGAAAGAGAGGAGGGAAGCAGCGAAAAGAAAGAAGGCAGAAAGUGAUAGGAAGCACAAGGAAAAAAUGGCGAAUGCGCUCCUUAGCAUGAAUAGCCAGAUAGUGAUACCCAAAAUACCGAGCAGCGGAAAAAAGCCUACCCCUAUUGUUGAGGAAGAAGAACCACCAGCUAGUCCGGACCCUGACUUGAAGCCAGACGAGGAUUAUGAUCCUUUCAGUGAUUCUGAUAACUAUUAUCAAAUCGCGGGAUCUAGUGCUCAACCACAGAAGUCGAGUUUUGUGAGCGGUAGGCGAACUUCGAGACCUAAGGUCACAUUUAAUGAGAAGAAAUACGUGGUAGAGCCGGAAAUUGAGCAGGAGGAUGAGGGUGAUGAAGUGGAGGAGGAUGAAUUUUGGAAUGACUUUGUAGAUUUGGAGCCGGCUGGAGACAAAAAGGACACAACUAAAGGGAAGAAGAGUUUGAAGAGGGCUUCACCACUUUCUCGUACACGAUCAGGUAAGGCGAAGAGAUCUAAGAUAUCCAAGGGUUAA